CAUUAAUCUUGAUACCCCCCACUCAAGCCAUUCACAUACAUCAUUUAAAAACCCCUCUCUUUAUUCAUUUCUCUUCUCCCCACUCACACACACUCUUUCUUUGUUUUUCAUCUCAAACAAACUUUGAACAUCAUGAAGAAAGAUCCAACCAAUUUAUUCAUCCUCUUUGGAAUCCUUCUUCUCUCAAUCACAAAAACCCAAUCCCAAGCUACUAACGAUAACCCCACAAAUCCAAAUUUCAACCAAGAAUUUAACCCUUCCUUCGCUAUAAUCAUAGUCAUUUUAGUAGCUGCUCUUUUUCUCAUGGGCUUUUUCUCCAUCUACAUCCGUCGCUGCUCCGAUUCACCUUCCUCCAACAACCUCCUUCUCCCCAUCACCAACGGCCGUAGAGCGGUGGCGCGUGGACUCGAUCCAUCAGUAAUCGAAACUUUCCCGAUUCUUGAAUACUCCGAAGUCAAGAUCCAUAAGAUCGGAAAAGAUGUUCUUGAGUGUGCCGUUUGUUUAAUGGAAUUCGAAGAUACUGAAACGCUGCGUUUGAUUCCAAAGUGUGAUCAUGUUUUUCACCCUGAGUGUAUUGACGAGUGGUUAUCUUCUCACACAACGUGUCCCGUUUGUCGCGCGAAUCUCGUUCCACAACCUGGUGACUCAGUUCACGGCGUUCCUGAGUCACAGCAACAAGACGUUGAAGCUCAAAACGACGCGGUUCAAUUACCGACGGAAUCUGACUCAGUAUUACUUGCUCCAGAAGUGAUUUCGUUGAAUAAAACACUGAACCGGAACCGUACGCGUGGAUCUCAAUCAAACCGGCCGCGUCGUUUUCCACGGUCUCACUCGACCGGACAUUCUUUAAUCCAACCGGGUGAAAACACGGACCGGUUCACUUUGAAACUGCCUAAUAAGGUUAGGAAACAGAUAAUGAGCCGGCAAUUGCAACGAGCGAGAAGUUUGAUUACGUUACCAAGAGAAAGUAGCUCAAGACAUGGCUACCGAACCGGAGGUGAAGGAAGUAAUAGAGGAAAAAGUUUGAGGCGGUUGGACCUGAGUUUUAAAUCAGACCGGUGGAUAUUUAAUAGAGCACCGUCGUUUUUAGCAAGGGCAUUGUCGUUUAGGUCUCCAAAGCCAAAAGUCAAUAAUAGCGAUGAUGAUGAAGGAACUUCUUCUGCAGCUGCUCCUAUCAUGCCAUCCUCUGCUGUUGACUCUGCACGCCCUCAGAUUUGACCUUUCUUUUCACUGUCUUUGUUUUAUUUUUUCCAAUUUCUGAAUUUGUACAGAUUAUAUAAUAAGAUAAGAUAGCAUGGUACGCAUUCUUUUGUUGCCCAAUUUGGAAAGAACUGGAUUAAUUAAUGAUCUAUAAAGGUAGAGAGUAGAGACACACUUGAUCAAUCUUAAUCUAUUUGUGAGAUCAAGUUUGUGAGCUGGUACUUGGACAUAGACCAUGUUCAAUUUAUCAUUUUGAGGUUUUGAGCAUUUUAAUACACAAAAAAGUGUAAAUGUUUGAGAGAACCGUAAGAAAGAGAAUGUCUAUA